AUGUAAACACUUUUGAGGUUAUGUAUUUUUUGACAGGUUUUCUUUUCCUUUUAUAUUUUUUAAGCGAACAAAAUGUUCGAUGAAGAAGACGUGCUGCUGGAAUUGGCCUGUUUACCAGCUGACCCACCGGAUAAACGCGAAAUCUGCCAACAAUGUGGACGACCAGAUACAGUGUGUUACUGUAAAUACCUGCCGAACCCAGCAUUAUCACCAUUAAGUAGGAUAAUUCUUAUACAGCACCCAGCAGAAGAAAAAAGGUGUCUACGAACUGCACCGAUGUUAGAACUGGGUUUAGAGCCAGGAAAAUGCCUUAUUUUUAAAGGGAAACGAUUUCCUGGUAAACACAAUGAAUUAUCUGACAUAUUAAAGCAAGACAACACUAUAUUAUUAUACCCAAGCCCUAACGCAGUUGAUUUAAACACACUUACAGAAAAUGAGACUAAAAGCUAUAAUAUCAUUAUUAUAGAUGGUACAUGGCCACAAGCCAAGGCAAUAUACACCGGCAGCCCCGAUUUACAUAACAUCAAACAAGUGAAACUACUAACAACAGGGGCAAGCAAUUAUAUUAUUCGUACUCAGCCCACAGAUGGUUGUUUAAGUACUCUGGAAACAGCAGCUACAACUUUGGCAAUAGUGGAAAAAAAUGAAGAUUACAAAGAUAAGUUGCUGCAGCCUCUGAAAGCUAUGUGCGAGUUUCAGUUGAAAAAUGGGGCUGUCUCACAUCAAAGUAAAGAGUUUCGGAUCAAGAAUAAUACUUAUCCUAAGUUAAUUGGUAAAAGAUUAAAUAAGGUUUUGAAAUCUGCAGAUACGUUAAAAUCUAGCUAAUAUUUCACGAGCCAAAUUUUCAGUCAAACCUUAAAUUUGUCUUGAAUAUUUUUUGUUUGUUUACAAUAUUGUAAAUAUCGUAUUUACAAAAAGAAACUGACAUGUAUUUUUUGAUUUUUUUAAUUUUGUAUUUGGG